AUGUCAGAUGAAGAUCUUCUGAUGAACACAACGGAUGUGCGCAGCGAAGAGGAAUUCGAAGUAGGAUACACCCACCGUGUCAUUGGUGCUACAGUUUUAUGCAUCAUAUCGCUUGUUGGAAUCUUUGGUAACAGCCUGGUGAUUUUGGCCGUGUCGGUUUCAAGAAAACUACAGACCAUCACCAAUGUGUUUGUUGUAAGUCUGAGUAUAACGGAUCUCUUGACGUGUGCCUCAUUGCCUUUCCAGAGCCUUGGACUCGUGCACCCUGCGGGAUGGCCAUUGGAUCCAACCUUCUGUCCGGUGAUCGGAGCGUCUAUCUACAUCCUGACGUUGACCAGUGUCUUCACGCUUGCGAACAUCGCCUUCAAUCGCUACUAUCUCAUUACACGUCGGCGAGAGGCUUACCAAUGGCUGUACAAGCCAUCGAAGCUGUGUAUGAUGCAAUCCCUGGCAUGGCUACAAGCUAUUCUAUGCCUAGCCAUACCUGAACUGAUCAAUAUAGAGACCUUGGGAUACUCCGAUGAGCAGCAUUGGUGUAGCUGGUUGAGCAAGCCUGAGGAUCCUAUCGGGAUCUACGAGACAAUUGCCUUCGUGAAUAUCUUUCUGGCAUUUCUCGUCAUCCUCUUCUGCUACGUUAAGAUCUUCAUGCGUGUCCGGGAACAGCGGAAGGUGAUGGCAUCAGCCAACGAUCACGCGUCCCAGGUCCCCACGGCUGCUUCCGAGACUGAUCUCCAACCGGACAACCAACAGAACACCACGAACAAGCCUGACAUCCGCAGGAGGGAUAGCCAGAUCAACAAGAAUCUCUUCAGUGUUGUCUGUGCCUUCUUUCUCUGCGUCAUGCCCCAUACCCUUUGCGUCCUCAUCCCCGGUCACGAGAUCCCAUCCAUCUACACCUUCAUCCUAAUGUCUGCCAACUGUUGCAUCAACCCUUUGAUUUACGCGGACAAGCAUCCGCAUUUCAAGCAAGUAUUUGGUUGCUUGCUUAGGUGCCAGUAUGACAAGAUCCCAAAUCCAGUUUCGUGGGUGAGGAUGUAUGUAGAAUGA